AAGGGAUAAUGAUGUAUCCCUGCUAAAUUAAUUGACAUCACACAUGAAUUAAUCAUUUAUGAUAGGGUCCAAGCAGCAUAUUAUAUAAAGAAUGAAGGUAGAUGGCAACUAUUUAAAUAUAGGGAGCUCCGAAGAAGAAAACAUUUCCUUCAUCUCCCUCUUCAUCUUUCUGUAAUUUGACAAAACAGAGGAGGGAAACUAAGACAUGGAUUGUUGUGUCUGCACAACUAUGCCAUUAAUAUUAAGGCCUCCCAGGAACACGAUAUGUGGGUCGUGCUAUGAAGGAGUUAGGAGCAUAAUCAACAUGAUGAAUAGUGUCGACAGUGAGAAAGCAAAAGCAAUCGCUAAUCCAAACGGUUCUCCAGUUUCACGGCGAAAUUCGAGUAAGACACUUGAUGAUUGUAUAAGAUGGUGUACGGAGCAGAUAGACCAGUUUAAUCAACAAAAAGAAGACUUGGCUUUCCUCAGAGGCUUUAUUACUGCCUUCAAAACACAGAUUCAUACGGAUAUAUUGAUCACCCCAGGAAGGCAAGGUCCACCUAUACCUGCACAUAAGUCCGUUUUGGCGGCAAGAUCAGAAAUAUUUAAGAACAUGCUAGAGUGUGAUGAAUGCAAAGCUCCACCAAAUAACACCAUAACUAUACCCGAUUUGAACCAUGAAGAACUAGAGUCUCUAUUGGAGUUUCUCUAUAGUGGGACAUUGGGUGCGGAAAAAUUGGAGAAACAUGUCUACGCCCUGUCACAAGCAGCUGAUAAGUAUGUGAUUCCACACUUGCUGAAACAGUGUGAACGAUAUCUGCUAAGUUCACUAAGCAUUUCUAAUGCCUUUGAGACACUGGAAAUUGCGGACACUUGUUCCAACCACAACUUGAAGGAGACAACCUUUAAUUUCUUAGUUAAAAACAUUGAACACAUGGUGUCAUCUCCUAAAUUUGAAGCUUUUGUGCAUAGGAGUCCACAUUUAACUGUGCAACUAGUUACAAGGGCAUUUGUCAACGGAGCCAAAUAAUCAAAUUCUCUCUCUCAAGUUCAAGAG